AUGGAAAAUGAGAGUUUACAACGCCGUUCAACGGCUACAAUCAAGAAUAUGGGAGUAAAUUCUUAUUCUGCAUUUGGCGCUCAAGGUAACAUUACUGACGAUAAAUUAACUCUUUUACCUGUACUACAAAAUACACUUGCUAUUACACAAGAACGACAGACAUCCGAAUCAAAACAUACAUUAUACGACGAACAGUUAUCAUCAAGUAAUAGAACAAUGAACUGGGAUAUGGAAACAAAUUAUAUAUGCCCAACAGUUGUUCAUCAUUCUUCAAAUAAUAAUAAUAAUAAUUAUGUUCAUUUAACUGAAUGUGUUUUACAACCAAAUUCAUCGACAACGAUUAUUCAAACUCCACAAACAACGAAAUUGAAUAAUGAUGAUACCAUUGCAAAUACAAUACAACAACAAUCAACAAAACAAAAUUUUACAAAUUUUGCUAAUACAGAUCUCAAUGGUUCAAAAGUUAUCCGCUUAGUUCGUGCUAAACAAGCUACUAAACGUAAAUCAAGUUUAGAUACAUUAAUUGAAGUUGUACAAAAAGAAUUACUUCGUGUGAAUGGUCAAUCAAAUUCAACUUCACCACCUUCUUCUCCUCCUCAUUAUUCUCAAACACGUCCAACAACAUCAACUUCAAUAUCAUCAAAACAACCAUCACAACAACAACAACAACAGCAACAUCAUCAUCGAUCAAUGAUAUCUUCUGUAUUACCAUCAUCACACCCAGGUUCGUUAACAUCUCAAUCAAAUCAUUCAUUUAAAACAGCACGUAAACGAGUUAAUCAUCAUUUAAAUAAUACAAAACGAACACCAACUAAUCGACAUCGAAGUAAAUCUUUUAAUAUUAAUAAUGAUGAUCUAACAGAUGAUCUUGAUUUAUUGAAUGAAGAUGAUAUUGAUAAUAAUAAUAAUAA